GAUGACUCCUCGAUCAAUGACAGGUCAAAAGGUCACGUCAGUGUAAAGUACAAAGAAGUCAGUUCAUGUCGUGUGUGAAACUGCGUCACAGAUGGGCCGACAGGGACUUGGCUUAAAGUAACGACCACGAGCAGAAUAGUAAGCAAUAAGCACAUUCUACAGUAUUAUUGACUGAGGCGUAAUGGUGCAGUGCCUCUGUGGAGCAACAGGGGGCGGUGUAGGCUGCAGUCUCGGAUCAGAGGAGGCGUGAGAGCUUUCACUUUGGCUCAUUUUGUGCUGCAAGGCUCAAACAACCACACAAAAGACUCAGCUCAUCCGUCUGCUUGCUUCACUCCUCAUUUCUUCAUUGACCGAUGGGUGUCGAGCCGAUGAAAAUGUUUCCUCUCAUCUGCGUUUUGCUCUCAGGCAUGAUGAUGUCAUGGCGGUGCAUUCAGGGUCUUCAGGUGGACAUUUACCCCAGAAGGCCGCUCUUCAAAUUAGGUGAGCGCCAUCAGCUGCUCUGCUCCAUCCAAGAGUGCCCCACCAUGCCCAGCGUCUCGUGGACACUGCUCGGCGACCGCCCGCUGACCGCCACCGUUGACACCCGCCAGACGCAGUCUGUGGUGACCUUUGACCCCGUGGGGAUGGAACAUGAAGGGACGCUGCUCUGUAAAGUCACAUGUGGACCCCAACACAAACUCAGCAAAGCUAAUGUGCACGUUUACGCCUUCCCGUCAGACCCAGUCAUCAAAGGUCACGACCUUGUCAGACUGGGGGAGGAGUCCACCCUCACCUGUCAGGUGUCUGACCUUUACCCCGCUGAGCUAAUCACGCUGGAUUGGCUGAGAGGAGGCGUGGUGCUGCACAGCAUUGUGGGAGAUGCUGGUGCUACUUCAGUCCAAUCCACUUACCGCUUCACCCCUCUGAGAGCGGAGUCAGGGUCCCGCUUCACCUGCAGGGCCACGCUGGAUCUUCCGGAGCUGCCCCCCCUCAACAGGACCAGAGAAUCCGCCGUCCUCCUCAACGUGCUGUACGCUCCGGUCAUCACGGCAAUAACGGACCCAGGGGCAGUGAUGGCCGGCGCCGCCCUCGUGCUCACAUGUUUGGUGGAGGGUAACCCGCAGCCACUCGUCACAUGGACCUUCAGGGCAGCAGGCGGCGGGCCGUCACUCAUUCGCGGUGAAGGUCCCAAACUGGUCAUACCUGCGGUAAACGCGUCGCAGGCGGGUCGCUAUGACUGCGAGGCUGUGAACUCAGAGGGGAAGCAGAGCACUGCUGUUGAGGUUAAAGUUCACGCUCCGCCCACCAACACCUCCAUCUCAGUGAGUCCAGGCGAAGAGGUUCUGGAAGGUGAGCGGGUGACGUUUACCUGCCGCUCAGAUGGAGCUCCGCCCACCAGGCUGGUGCUGAAGAGAGAAGGGGUGGAGCUUGAGAGGUCAGACUCCGCCUUCCUGCUCACCUUCAGCCUCGCCUCUGUGCAGCUGGAAGACUCCGCCUACUACCAGUGUGAAGCGUCCAACCAGUUUGGAUCUCAGCUGGUUACCAGCGCCAUCACUGUCAGAGCCCAUCCUCUGCAGGUUCAGGUCAGUCCUCGGUCGUCCACGGUGGAAGCCGCUUCAGGUCUGCUCUUGACCUGCCGUGCUUCCGGAUGCUCGAGCACGCUUGCGCUCACGUGGAGGAGAGCCGGCGAGGACGGGACCGUCCUGCAGAGGACACAGCGGCAGGACGGGCUGUCCCGCCUACACCUGCGUGGCCUGGACCUCCCGGACCGUGGCAGGUACAUCUGCGAGGCUCGCUGCGACACCGUCAGCAGAGCUGUCGAGGCCGAGGUCCACGUCUACUCUCUUCCAUCCGAUCCGAUUCUGAAGGACGCUGGUGCCAUCCUGAUGGGCCAGGAGGUGUGGCUUCAGUGUGACGUCAUGAAUGUGUUUCCAGCCAAUCAGCUGAGGCUCUCGUGGUUGUCUGGCAACACCACCCUGCUGGCGCAGUCCUUUGGCUCCUCCCCUUCCUUCCAGAACAUCUCGGCAGUCCUGCGCCACCGGGUCGUGGACGAGCGGCGGGUGGUAAGCUGUGUGGCCGAUCUGCUGACAGAGGACGGAGACGUGUGGAGGUCCAGGAGGACAAGCUUGCCUCUACAGGUCCACUACCCUCCCAGGAGAACAUCCAUCUCUGUUAGUCCUGGCCAGGAGGUUCUGGAAGGUCAGCAGGUGACCGUCACCUGCCGCUCAGAUGGAGCUCCGCCCACCAGGCUGGUGCUGAAGAGAGAAGGAGUGGAGCUUCAGAGAUCAGACUCCGCGUCCUCGCUGUCCUACAGCUUCUCUUCUGUGCAGCUGGAAGAUUCUGCCCACUACCAGUGUGAAGCUUCCAAUCAGUUUGGAUCCCAACUGGUCACCAGCGCCGUCACUGUCAGAGCCCCUCCAAGGAACACCACAGUCCUGGUGCUGCCGUCCUCGGUAGUGGUAGAAGGUCAAAACGUCACCGUGUGCUGCCGGGCCGUCAGCUUCCCGCCAUCAGCCAUCCUUCUGAAGAAACUGGCUGAUGGGACAGAGCGCUGCUCUGCCAACGGAACCUUCCUAUUGCUCAACGUGACGGCCCGCGACUCGGGCCUGUACCAGGUCAACGUGACCAAUGACUUGGGCUACCAGGUCCAAGUGUUCAGUCUCAGCGUGAGAGAGCGAAGCAAAAAGACGCCGCCCACUCUCUCCGCUGUCCUUGUCCCAGCAAUGAUUGUCGCCGUCGCAUUGGCCGGUGCCGUUCUGGUCCUCGACUUCCUGAGAAGGUCCAAAAAAAAGGGCUUCUACCAGCUGAGCCAAACUGCGCCCCCCUCAUCCUGAAGAUCACCUCCCGGUUCCCUA